AUGAAUAUGGCAUAUAUAUUGGCAGUGUGUGAAUACUCAGUACCCCAUUUUUCACAAUUUCGUAUCUCUAGAACUAAAAAAAAUCACGAUUCUAUAUCACAAUUUGAUCUCGAUGAAACCAUUAAUAUAACCCAUAUGUCCCAUAUGUGCCUUGAAACAUGCUUUUCUUUUGCAUGCAUUAUGAGUUUGUGUCUUCCCAUAUUGAGUGAAGAUCACCCGGGCAAUUCCACGCUUGAAACCGCUAAAUACGUGCAACUUAGUCCAGAACAUCACAACAAGGAUUAUAUCCUUACCAGCUAUACACCCACUAAAACACUACUAUAUAUACAAAAGCUAGCUAUAAAUAAUACUUCGGAAGAACGAAUAAUAAGAGUUCUUCUCCACAAAUAUUUGGUGAUUAUGUCCGAUUAUACCUAUUUGUAUUUAAUUCUGAUCUCCUCUCGCCUACAUUCCUAUUUAAUGUCAUUUAAAGAUCUUCCUAUAUUAUUCUAUCCCCAAUUUUUGCCUAUUUUGUAG